AUGCACGGAUCAUGCAACUGUGGCGCCGUCACCGUCGAGGCUGAGAUAGCGAAUGACGGAGCCCCCAGCGGCUUCGUCUGCCACUGCCGGAAUUGCAAAAAGUCCAGCGGCGCCGGAGGGUGUUUCGUCAUGUUUGUCCCGCUGCCAAACAUCACCUUCGCGGGGCCGAUCAAACACUACGCCGACAAGAACACGGCCAGCGGGCGCACCGUGGACCGCCACUUCUGCGAGGUCUGCGGCAGCCCGAUCUACGGGCUGGCCCAGGAAGGUCUCCCGGGUCUGGCGCUGGUGCGGAUUACCCUGUUCGACGAGUUCGCGACCUCGCCGCCGAAGCCGGCCGCGGAGCUUUACACCCGGGACCGCUGGGUUUGGGAUGGCCCUAUCGAAGGCGCCCAACAGGUUGCGGUGGCGAUGGAAAGGUCUUGA